AUGGUAGAAGACAACAUCCUUCAUAGGGCUCGUACUCAUACCGGCAGUGGUGCUUGGUGUCCGCUUCAUCAGGUGAACAGCACUCACAAGGAAUGGAUCCAAAUCACAUUCUCCAAGGACACAGUGGUGAACGCUGUGGAAGUGCAAGGACGCUUCGACGAGGGACGUGGAAUGGAGUUCGCUCGAGCGUUCAAAAUCGAAUAUUGGCGACCGAAACUCAGCGGAUGGGCUUCGUACCGAAGUGAAGAGGGUAUCGAGAAAUAUUUCGAAAUCCUCGAUGAAUAUUCCAGCAAAAUCCAUUCAAAGGAACGGUGA